AAAAAGCAGUCCUAAAGGCAAGUAGAGCGAAAAGGGGAGAAGAGGGCAAUACCUCAUUAGAAGAAUCUCUGUAUAUGUGCAUUCUGCUAUUUGCCACAUGUCUACAAGGGAAUUUCUUCAGAGCGCAAAGAAACCCGUGAACUGCUGGAAUAUUAUAAGUCUUUCCUUGAGAUGUCAGCCAAGAGCUUCAGGAUAAUCACAGUGGCUACAGUGCUUAUUUUCUUCCUAAAGAUACAGCUCUCUAUGCAAGCGCCGCUGAAUGCGUUAAAAUGGUCUUAUAUUGGUCCUGAUGGAGAGAAGGCCUGGCCAAAGAAAUACCUGUUUUGUGGAGGAGUAUUCCAAUCACCAAUUGAUUUCCACAAAGCUAUUCUCCAGUAUGACUCUAAUCUCUUGCCUUUAGAAUUCAUAGGCUGUAAAGUGCCCUCCACUGACCAGUUUACAUUGAUCAAUAAUGGCCAUUCAGUGAAAAUGUAUCUGUCACCUGCUAUGUCCAUCAGAAGCCUCCCAUUUGAAUACACUGUGUCUCAAAUUCACCUGCAUUGGGGAAACUGAAACAAGUCCAAAGGCUCUGAGCUCACUGUCAGUGGGAAGCAUUUUGCAGCAGAGCUGCAUAUUGUACAUUACAACUCUGAGAAAUACCCAGAUAUAACAGCAGCAAUGGACAAAGCAGAUGGACUGGCUGUUUUGGCUGUUCUCCUUGAGAUUGGACCCUUCAACCCAUCCUAUGAAAAGAUCUUCAGGCACUUCUGGAAUGUGAAAUACAAGGAUCAGAAGGUCUUGGUCCCUGGUUUCAAUAUUCAAGAACUACUUCCUGACAGACUGGAUGAGUAUUAUCGCUACAAAGGAUCCCUGACAACUUCUCCAUGUUACCCGAGCGUUCUCUGGACAGUUUUCUGACACCCCGUUAAAAUUUCUCAAGAGCAGUUACUGGCACUGGAAACAGCCAUGUACUGCACAGAGAGUGAUGACCCAGAACCCCUGGAAAUGGUUGAUAACUUCAGAAAUGUUCAGGAAUUCCAUGAAAGAUUGUUUUUUAUCUCCUUCCAUGAAGGUUUUGCGGUAUCUGUUGUGAUAGCCUGCAUUCUGGGAGUUCCUAUCAUUCUUGCAAUAGCAUUCUGGCUACUGAAGAAGAAAACGUGCAAAAAGGGAGGUGGAGACAACAGAGGAGUCACCUUCAAACCAAGCAUGUACACAGAGAAAGAAGACAUCUCCAAAAUUUGAUGCCCUGCUCUGUCACAAAAGUCCCUUUUCAUUCAUAGCACUGAUUUAUUUUGAAUUGGUGAAACACAUCACUUGUUCUUGGCUAAUGAUAAACCCCUAAGAGAGUUCUAAAAACACAUACCAGCCAAAAGUUUUCUGUAGCCCUUGUUCUCUUGUUUUCCAGAGAGAUAUGAUCAGUGAAUACCCCUGAGCUGAAUUCCUCACCAUAUUCUUCUCAUGUCUGCUGCUUACUGAGUCUGGGUGUUUUAUUUGAUUUUACAGUUAAUCCUAAACUCCAGUUUUAUGUUUUGUUUAGCACAGGUUUUCCCACAGGUAUUCAAAUCUGAAGACACUCAUCAAGCUACAAGCACUCUUCCCUGCUAAAACAAGGUGCUGGUUUUAGCAGCAAGAAUAUAAACAAGAUAAAGGACAAACUGUAUUUGACAUCAGUAUUUGAAAUGUGCUGUUCAGCAGAUACAGCAUAUACAGUUUUGAAAAGUGCAGGGUAUGAUAGUGUAUUCACCAAUGGAAUUGUAAUAUUAGAGGAAAAGACAGGUGUAAAUGCAAUGAAAGCCGCAUGGAUUAUUAAUGGAGUUCAAGCCCAGGAACUCAGUGCUGAGAAAACACUACUAGGGGAACAGCUCACUUUCUAAUUAUUACACAGUCUCACAAAUCUGUUAAGGAAGUCAGUCCCUCACUGUCACAGGAAUUAGAGAUGAAGAUUGUCUUAUUAUUCUGCUCUUAUUUAUAGUGUAUGAAUGAUGUGAAGAUAAUGUAGUUGCUGCUGCUUUUAAGCAGACUUGUCAUUCAACCACAAAAUCCUGAUAGAUGUAUUAGUAUAUAGUAUAUAUACUAAUUAUAUAGUAUAUAUACUAGUACAUAUUACAGCUGCAAUUACACAGUAGACUUUUUUUUUUUUUCUGAUUUAGUUCUCUUAGUAACCUAAUUCUUAGAAAGAAAUCUAAAUUAUCUUUUCAAACCUCAUAAGCUAAUACUUGGAGUUUCAUUAUGUGUUUUUGGAAGUGAGAAGCAUAAAUCUGAUUUCACCACAGACAAUGUGGAAAGUCAUUUAAUUCAGGAAGAACAGGGUGUAUCCAGCCUACCCUGAUGCAUACAGAAUUCCUCUUAAAUCUGACAUCUACAGUGCAGAUCUGAAAUGCUUGUACUUCACUAUGCACACAAGAAGUAACAGACCACAGGAUUAUACCUAAAAUAACUUCAGGUCUGAAUGCUGCUAAACACUACUGGGGAAAUUUCAGUCUGAACUCUAUACUUAGAUCCCUUUUGUAUUCCAUUGCAGCGCCACCACGUCUGUGAUUUUAAAUAAAUAAACUCUUACCAUACAUGUUUUCUCCUUUCAAUAUGGCAGAUUCAGACUGUUCCAGCACAGAGGAUUUUAGAUUCUUCCUCUUCCAUCCCCAAGUAAAUGGUGUGAUGUCAAAACCAGGCUUUUCAGUGCCUGAAAAGUAAUAUUUUUAAUAUUAAUAAUUAACAUUUAAGUAUAACUAUUAGUUAGCAUUAAUUUUAAUAUUUUAAUCUUAAUAAUUUUCAAUGCCUGAAAAUUAAUAAUUAUUAAUACUAAUGAUGCAUGAAAUUUAGGAGCACAAUCUUACAACUGAGUACACUGCAUAUGCCAGCAUUUUUAUCCCUCAUUGUUUGAAAUUGCAUAAUAGGCAGCAUUUUUGUGCUACAGGGAACAUAACUUACUCUUUGAAUAAAGGUGUUUAAAGACAAAAUUACAUAAUAAAUUUUUUGCCAUGUCUUUGGCUUCUUGUUUCUUCUAGAAGAGUAACAUUUUAUUGUGUAUUUUGACCUUUACUUCAGCUGAUUAGAAACAUCCAUCAAUCACUCUCUUUUGUAUGUAGCAUCCUUGAUACCUGUAAAAAGAAGUAUAAAAACCUCAGGCAAGCACUACAUGCUUAUGUUAGGCAAAUCUCAGAGUACCAGCAAACAUAUUAAACAUAUUACACACUGGGUAGAAAAUGUCUCCUUCGGAAUGGUUUCCUAAGCAAAAAAACAAACUGAAGAAGAAUUUACACAAAUCAUAUUCCUGCUACUCCUGCUUCUAACACUCUCUAAUUGCAGAGGUAUGAGAAACGACCUCCCACUGUAAAAUUUCAAAGAUUUAUCAGAUCUUGACAAAAUACAACAAAAGACUGAAUAAGGAAAAAUAACAGCACAGUGGGAGCGCAUGACCAGCCCCCAUGUGCUCCUUUACAAAAUGGCUGCUCUGCCUUUUAUGCCCCUGGGGGUUGCAUCAGGCAACCCUGGCCCCUCUCAAGGUCUGUCAGUUAGCUUUUCUUCGUCCUACAUUGGUGGAAACUACUUUCUUGCUACUUGAUUAGUGGUCAGGUGUUCUAAUGCUGCAUUCCCCCAGCAACAAGCUUUUCCCAUUCUCAGCUGCCCCAUGCAAGGGGCCCAUGUACACACCUUCCCUCCACAGGUCCCCAACAACCCAGGCUGUCUGGUGAAAACAAUACAGAGGGGGAGGAAAGAGGACUAUGGGGAGAACAGAGGACACCUAAACAACAAACCACAAUAACAUAACUAUACAUCAAUAAAGCUUCGCUUAACAUACACACAAUAUUCAUCCUGUUAUGUGUACUGAAUGUAAUUUGUGCCAGUAUAAUAUGAUAUGUGUAAUAUUUGAUACUGUUGCCCCCAUGUGAGAAACUACAGAUUGAGAUAUUGUUUAUUAAGAUAUACGUAAAGGUUAGACAAUUGUGAGAAACUACAG